GAAUAAACAAAUACAGCAGACGAAACCUCGCCCAUAUCAUAGAGUCUGCCAUCAGCUCGACAGACAGCAAGAAUGUCAAAACUCUUCGCUUUUAUAGCGGCUUUCGCCGCGUGGACAGCCUCUUCCACAGGCCAGCAAGAGUAUCUAAGCACUAUCGGGGAAUGGAAUUUUUACAAAGUGCCCACUGUCGGCUCCAUGACGAAUGCCAACGUCAAGGCGACCUGUGAAGCGGCGGGGAUGUGGAACCCCUGCUCCUCCACAGGCUACGGGGCGUGCAGUCACGGUAGGACGGACUGUGUCGCGUUUGACGGCGGCAGCGCGAGCUGUCGUACCCUGAACGUGAUCUCAGACCGGCUCUGCGGAACCGUCGAAGCCCAUACCUGUGAACCACUGGACGACACCUUCGUGUACUACCCCGGGUGGCGGAGUGACGACAGCGCCUUUGGACUUGACUACGACACUGGCCACUGGGGCAUGACUGGGGCAGACUACACCGACAAGUACUCGUUGUGUGCAAGUCACCAAGAGUUCCUGACUACCUGGGAUGGAUGGUCCUUUUUUAGAAUCCGUGCGUUGGGUUCGAUGUCGAAUGCCAACAUCCAGGCGACGUGUGAGCGUGCGGGGAUGAGCUACCCCUGCUGGUACACAGGUCAUGGCUCGUGUGGUUCCUCCAGUUCUUAUUGGAGGUCUAACUGCAUCAAGUUCGACCAUGCCGGUGUCAACUGUCAGACUUCAAGAUUCCUCUCCAAUCAGCUUUGUGGAUCUACAACAGAUUAUUAUUGUCAGCCCCUUAACUACACAUUUGUGUACUACCCUGCCCAUUCCUACAGUCACGGAAUCAGCUAUGGAUCUUCAAGCUCGCUGACUGGAACAAGCUACAACGACAUGUACGCAUUGUGUGCUGCCAGGCAGUGCCAGAUCUCCCCAUGUCUCCAUGGGACCUGUGUACACGGACUGAAGAACUUCACCUGUCUGUGUGACGACGACUGGACCGGAGAACACUGUGAUAAAGUGAUUGACAGCUGUGCAAGCAAUCCCUGUAUGUCUGGCGGGACGUGCACGGAUGAGGUGGGCGGGUACAGCUGUGACUGUCAUCUUCACACGACGGGGAAGAACUGUGAAACAGUCUUGCACAUCGACAAGUGCUACCACUUCUCCAACGACAGUCUGCCCUACCAGGAGGCCUCUGCUGUCUGUAACAGCAUAGGUGGUUAUCUGGCUGACAUCAAGGACAGCGGUGAUCAGCAGCUGCUCGCCAGCUACAUACAGCUGGGACAUGACGUCUCCACAUGGACCUCCACCAGCACCGGCGUCUCUCCGCUCGGGCUGUGUGACUGUGGGGAUAACAGCCCUCUGUCUGCGACGGCUCCAUGGAUGCAGAAGACUGACAACAUUGACAUCUGUGUGCUGCUGGACAGCUCCGUGGGCUACAUGGGAACCUACCAGCCAUGCAAGGAGGAACACCAGUACGUCUGCGAAUCUAAUGUGACGUCGUGUCAGCAGAACGUGUGUCAGAAUGGCGGAAUCUGCAGUUCGUGUUUUGACGAUUCCACUAUCAUCUGUACCUGUCUACAAGGGUACACAGGGGCCCACUGUGAAACAGUCAACCUGUGUGACCCCAAUCCCUGUCCGUUUGACUGGACCUGCGAGAGCCAAGAGGAUGGGAUCUUCUGUGCAGUACCGUCUGCGGCCAAGGCCAUCAGCUCCGGCUUCUGCACGGCGUCAUCCUGCGGUCCCGGCUGGAACUGCAGGGAGGAAGGCUCGACUGGGUACUCGUGCAUCCGUGGCUGAUAGUACCGCCGCAAGUCAUUCCCACUUGGAUACCCUUCACCUCCAGUGGAUCAUUUAUUGCUAUAUCCUACGAAAAUCGUUGAAAAAUUAUGUGUUGGUGAAAAGGAAAAAAGCUGACAUAAACAUUGAAUUUGUUGUCCAA